AGAUCUGAGGAAGACAUCUAGGUAUCUGAGUCUCAAAGGAGGAAAGGGAGAGAUACAGGUGCUCUUGAUUCCUGACCUCAAAUGGAAGGGAACGACCAUUUUCAGCCCAGAGGAGAAGGGGGCACUUACCUCAGGGCAGGAUGGAAAGUGAUCCCCCUCUUCAUCUUAUGUUUGUUUCAAGCUACUACUGCUUUGAAAUGUCCGAGAUUGGUGGUUGGGGACCCUGGGGGAAUGGUCACCAUUGAGUGCCAUUAUACCCCCACACCAGUCAACAAACACCAGAGGAAAUAUUGGUGCCGCUUGUCCCUCCCUCAGAGGGUCUGUCAUACCAUUAUCUCCACCAACAUCUUCAUCAGCCAGAGCUACCAGGACCGAGUGACUCUCGUGGACUUCCCCAGCCAGGGCAUGUUUAUAGUGACCUUGGCCCAGUUGGCACCUGAAGACGCUGGGUACUAUCGCUGUGGCAUUGGGCCUAGAACAGAUAUGCUCUUCUCCAGCAUGAAUCUGACCAUCUCUACAGGCUCUGCCAACCUCACAAUUCCGUCAAGCCUCAUCCCUGGGACAGCUUUGGCUACCAGAAGCCAGACUAUGGAAACCCUUGAGACAACAACUUCAGUUAUAGGUAGACUGGAACUUGACACAACCCUACUUGCAGAGAGAUGGGAGACAAGACCCAGUAGAAGAGAUACCACUCCAGUUGCAGUCACCCAGGCACCAGGAAUCACUGGAGCAACAACUACAGUUACAGGUGGACAGGACCUUGACACAGCUUUGUUCACAGAGGAAUGGGAGACAAGAACCAGUGGAAGAAAGAACACUGUAGCUGAAGUUACCCAGGCACCAGGAACCAGUGGAACAACAACUUCAGUUAUAGAUGGACAGCACCUUGACACAGCUUUGUUCACAGAGAGACAGGAGGCAAGAACCAGUGGAAGAAAGAACACUCUAACUGAAGUUACCCAGGAACCAGGAACCAGUGGAACAACUCUAGUUACAAGUGGACAGGUUCCAAAGACUAUUGAAACAACUUCAGCUCCAGGGAGUCAGGCCUUUGAUACAACCCUCGUUAUAAAAGGACAGGGGGCAGAAAUUUGCAGAGGACAUACAACUCCAACCAUAAUCACCAAGGCCUCAGAAAACAUUGGAAUAAUCACCUCAGUUACAAGUAGACCUAGUCCAGGAAUUCUUGGAGGAACAAUUCCAGCUUCAGGCAGACAGGAUCUUGACACAACUCUGGUUGCAAAAGGAGAAGAGGCAGGAAUGAUCAGAGGAACUCUAACCUUAGCUAGAGUCACUCAACCACCAGCACACAUUUCAAGCAAAGGUAUACAGAUUCCAGGAACAAUUAGAUUAAUAAUCCCAGGUACUGGUGAUUGGGUCAUAAAGACCACAAGAGCAGCAGAACCAGUUCCAGAAGGGCAGACUACAGAAGCCAAAGGAACAUUAAACAUAAUGGAAGGUGGUUUGGUCUUGGGAACAAGAGCAGGAACAAAAACUAUCGUAGGAACCAUUAGAGAAAGGAGAUCAACCAUUAGAAGAACAAAUGGGUUAAAUGAGGCAAUUGUGAAUGCUGGAAUACUUCCAUUUACCACCAGAAAUAUUACAGGAACCCCCAGACCUUCAAUAACAGUCAGAGAAAAUUUCAGAGAAAUAAUUCCAGGUACAUACCAACAGACUUGGGAGACCAUCAGAGCUAUAGCCCUAGAUGUAGAUGUGGGUGAUUGGUUCUCACAAACCAAAAGAAAAGAGAAAAUUUCAACUUUAGGAGGAACAACUGCUACUAAUAGACAAAGCCACUCAGAGGAACCACUGAGAAGAUUCCCGGGAGUAGCACUCCUGAUUCCUCCUAGCAAUGAGUCCAACAAAGAGAAUUCUCCUCCAGAUCAGAACCGUGUCUCCCAGAUCCUGAUCAUUUUCUCUACUGUGUUGCUCCCACUUGUUCUCCUGGUUCUGUUGCUACUGCAAAGGAAGCUCCGAAAGAGGAUCUCUCUUCGGACCCAGGAGAUGCCCAUGCUUUCUCUAAUCCAGCUGACUAACUUUCAAGAUCUCCCUGAGAAGCCGAGCCUGGAACUACGGCAGCCCCAGAGAGUCUAACUCGUCCACCAUCAUCUCCAAGGAAGAAAGACAAUCGGCGGCAGGAUCAACCUUCCCAUCUGUGCCCAUCUGAGCCUCUCUGAGGGGAAUCUGGGACCCUCAGCGCCUAAUAUCAGCCCCGAAGACAAAGGCCAGGAUCUCCUGGCCAUACAUUGUACACCGCCUCUUCCCUAUAUUUAGGAAAGGAGGCCAAAGGAGCUGGGGUUCAGCCUAGAAGAGAAAAAGGUGAGGCUGGGAAGACUUCAUUAUUUUUAAAUCUGGGAAAGUAUUAAAAUAAAGGAGGCUCAUUAAUUGUUCUCCACUCCCAAAGAACAGAUUAAGAGAUUUUCCAUUUCAGUAAGACUCCAAAAAGAAGAAUUAUGGAUCCCUGCAGAGGCUGUGGAACCUCUUUAAAGAUUUAACAGUUGCCAUCUCUCUUUCCUCCAAUCCCCCAAUUACUUUGUAAUUCUCAUAUGGCAUUUUUUACAUCCAAAAUUGUAUAAAUUACAAAUGAACAAUUUAUAAAUUUUACAAAUUACAAAAAUUCUAAAAUAGUUACUUUGGUGUGUACUUAACCCAUCACCCCCAAAACUUGUAAACUCUUUGAGGGUGUCUACUUCAGCUUUGUAUCCCCCAUAGUACUAAAUACCUAAAUUUGUGGAAUUGUAUUGUCUAGGUCACUCUGGUAUGAGAUGAAUUUAUAUCUGAGUAUUCUAAUCUUCAUUGAUUUUCCCUUUUUCUUAACUCUUCCAAUAGUCUCCAAACUUCUAUCAGUAAAAGUUUUUGAGCCCACUCUCCCCAAUAUAAGCAUAAUUAUGUAUUUAUGAAUGAUAUAUGUAUACUUCCAUAUAAAUCAUAUAGGCAUAUUUUUAUAAUAAUUAUGUAUAUUCAUUUGUAUAAUCCAUUGGAAGUGCUUAUUGGGUCUGGGAGAGGGGAGGGAAGAGGAGAGGGAAAGAAAAUGAAUCAUGUUACAGUUCAAUUUGUACAAAAUAAAAUAAAAAAAUAAAGAGAUACUAUGUCCCAA